GUGUAGCCCGACCCCGUCGGCCGAGGUGGAGACCCUCGUAUACCUCCACAGCUUCGACACUACUGCCAUGACAGCUUGACUCAGAUGUCAAUCAUCACAGUGUUUCGAAUGCUCGGGGAGAGACACAUAGGCCGCCGUGCUACAGCAUCGCGCCCGUAUUUAAAGCUGAACUGACCCUCUAGCAGACGACUCGUAGAGCCACACUCGACUUUGGUUCAACUGAAUCUCGCUUCAAUGGCUACCUCUUCAACCCCCGUUCUGAUCGCAGGGGCAGGGCCUACGGGGCUCGUCCUAGGGCUGACGCUCCUUCAGAACGGCAUCCAAGUCCGUAUCAUUGACAAAGACGCAAAUCGACACCCGGGUCAACGAGGCUCUGGCUUGCAGCCGCGAACAUUGGAGCUGUUUCGCUUCCUCGGCGUCCUGGACGAUGUACUCGCGAAGGCAUUGUCUGGCUUUCAGAGGCGCGAGUACAAACCAGGUGGGGUGGAGACACUCAAAAUAUCGACAAUAGCUCCCAUCGAGGACCCCACCCCUUCGACCCCCUACAUGAACGCGAAGAUGCUGGGCCAGUACAACACAGAGGCGAUCCUCCGCUCGCACAUCGAGCGCCUCGGCGGCUCCGUGGAGUACGGCACGGAACUGCGUAGCUUCGUGCAGCACCCUGAUCGCGUCGAGGCGGUGCUUGCCACCAAAGACGGCGAGACAGAGAAGACGGAGACCGUGGUAGCCCACUGGAUCGUGGGCUCUGACGGGGCUCGAGGUGUCGUCCGCAAGCAGCUGGGCCUGUCCUUCCUCGGAGAGACUCGUGUGGAGGGUCAGUUUCUGCUGGGCCUAGUAGAGACACAGGGACUCGAUACGGAGUACUGGCACAUGUGGGGAAGCAUAGGCGUUGGCGGACUAUUGUUAAUCCCCACUGAGAGGCCUGGAUGGUUCAGCUUCAUCACCACGGGGGUCACAGAUUCGGAAAAGCUGUUGGCGGACAGGGAUGGACUCAUCGCGACCUUCUACAGGCUAGUCGAGCGAACAGACCUGGUGUUUGGUCAGCUUGAGGCAGUCUCAUACUACAGACCGAACAUCCGCAUGGUAGACAAGUUCGGCGAGGGCAGAGUUUUCGUAGCUGGAGAUGCGGCACACGUUCACAGUCCCGCCGGUGGUCAGGGCUUGAACUCCAGCGUUCAAGAUGCCUUUAACAUCGCAUGGAAGCUUGCGCUCGUCGAGAAGGGCCUCGCCUCCCCGUCCCUGCUCGCCACCUACACCGAGGAGCGCCUCCCCGUCAUCGCUGCGAUGUUGCAGAAGAGCACCAAACUCUAUGACGCAAUGCAGAAUAACGCGGAAGAGGGCUGGAACCGUGGCGGAGACCUGCGGAUGCUCGGUGUAAACUACCGCUGGAGCUUGAUCGUCGUCGACGAGCGCACGCCCAAAGCGCAGUCACCGGAGAGCGUGAACCCGUACGGCUCGGGCAAUGACGGCGAGCUAAGGGCGGGCGACCGUGCGCCCGAUGCGCCAGGCCUUGUGCCAGUGCGCGCUGGAACAACCGUGGCGGACGGCGCGACGUCGCUGUUCAACGUGUUCAAUCCUAGCCGUCACACGGUGCUGCUGUUGAAUUUGCCUGCGGAAAAAGCGGAGCAAAUUGUCCGGGCUGCGCAAAGGUACCCCAUUGGAUCCAUCAAGACGGUUGUGGUCCUCCCACAGGGCACGUCCGACCCGCAGGUCGCUGGACAACCCGACCUUGCGGCGGUCGACAAGGACGGUCAUGCAUACGCAGGAUACUUGGUAUCCCCGGAGAAGCCAACUGUUGUUAUUGUGCGUCCGGACGGAGUCGUCGGAGGGAUUGUGUACGACUUGAGCGGCUUCGAGAAGUACUUCCGAGGCGUUUUCUCUGUGGUGAUUGGCGAUGCGUUGUGAUAGUACCGGCGCCCAUGAAUCCGAAUUUCGGUGACAUGUACUAGUACCAGUAGCAAAUGCUAAUCACGAGUUUCUCGCCACUCAUCCUCUCCGACCGUUCGAAGGCCCGUGGAAAGAAAGCGAGUUAUGAGUGUCUCAAGUUGAUAUCGAUACUAUCCUGGCA